AUUAAUUUAUAAUUUUUCACCUUCUAUGUUAUUAUAUUUUUGACAUUAUUUUGUAUUACCUAUUUACCUAUAAUAAAUAUUUACCUAUUCUUACCAUAAUACCAUACUACCAUGGCUUUAGCUUUAUCAAAGCAUUUAGAGUUUAGACCAGUAAAUAUAAAAAGAAACAUUUUUGAAAAAAAUGUUUGUUAACAUAAUAAUAAUAUUAUUUAUUAAUUCUUCUAUUGUUUUUUACAAUAACCGUUUACAGUGAACUCAAACUAUUAUUAUUCUACUGUGUGAUAUUCUUCUUAAAAACAACACUACGUCUGCUUUUUCAGAAAGUCUGAAAAAUCUUAAUUGAUAAAUUUUUAUGGGUUUGAACAUCGCCACCGCUUAGUUUGAAACAAAGCUUCAUCAUCUAGUUGACAACAGAAAUAUGUUCAAGAAUGAAAGCAGGUCCUUUGGGUAGCCUAUUCCGCGGUGUUUGUCAUUAACGUGUCACAAUGAAAUUCAAAUUCUGUGGAGGCGGUGACUGCCCAGAAUGGUUAUUGGUUCAGAUCAAUGCACUAUCAAGGAUGACAUCGAUUAAAAUGAAACUGUUAGCCCAGUGCACGGUUAAUUCAUUGCUCGGAGAACCAUUCAACUUUGAAAAAGCUAAGGAGCUUAUGGCUGAUGCUAAACUGGAUGUUGAAAACUGUAAAGCAUGUGUAGCUGCAAUCACAUAUAUUCUAAAAAAUGCUGCCUGUCAUGCUGUUUCUCAAAAUUAUCUUUCCAACGAAUUACAACAAAUUGGUUUGCCACGUGAACAUGCUUCAGCGCUAUGUAGAGUAUAUUUGGACAACUUAUCACAAAUAACUAAAGUGUUGAAGAAUGAAUCUUUGCAAAUUGGUCGUUUGAAUGAUGUUGAUGUAUCCAAAAGAAAUGAUGGCGAAUAUGUGAUUAAAUUAAAUUAUAAUAAUACAUCUAAAAUUAUGGAAGAAAACAAAUUCACGUUAACCAAGGAACAAAUUCAACUUUUAAUUGCAGAGUUCAACGACGUUAGCAAUCAAAUGAAUGAACUAGCACAAGAAUGCAAAGAAUAAAUAUUUUCAAAUAUUUUACCUAAUUCAAGUAACAAAGUAAUAACAAGGGAAAACAAUUAAAACAAUUUUAUCAGCAACAUUUUUAUAAUUUAAUAAACUUUAAGCAAAACUAGUGUCGUGAGUAGUCUCCCAAAAAUAGUAAUUGUAUUGAAUAUUAAUAUUAUAAUAUAUGGUUGUAGUUUUAGUCUAUAAAUUAAAAUAGAUCUUGAAGAUCUAAAUACCUUGAAUCAUGGUUGAUUUUCAAAGAAAAAUGAUUCUAUAUUCUAUCCAGCGAGAGAACGCGCUGGUUUUGUGCAUGCAGACUGACAACCGAAUGAUUGCCGAGGUUUCGUUUCACCCCUCUGGCUGUUCCGAUAUCGGUCGUCAGUGUGCCGUUGGUUGUUGAGCAGUAUGCACAAAAUCAGACCAAUUUUGAUCAGGCCGUGGCGCAUUCUCUAGGUGGAUAGAGUAUAGUAGUAAUCCAUUCUUUCAACUCUCUUCUAUAAUUGAGUUAUUACAAAUAAUGCUUUACAUUUGUCAGUUAGUAAUUUUAGAAACUACCAUGACACUACACUAGUUUACUUAUUUAAUUUCAAUAAAUUAAAUACAACUUAACGCAUCAUAGUGUAACAACUUUCCUGUUUAAAUAUAAAUAACAAUAUUUACAGAAAUAACCCAAUUAAUUGUUUAAACAAAAUUAUACUAUGUAUAGUAUAUACAAAUAAAUUAUUCUGU